AUGGGUAAUUUAUGGAGCAAACGGCCGCUUGCUCCCGACUGUUUCAAUUCUCCAAAUCCGAAGAAGCGCAAAUCAACCAUUUUCGACUCGCCGGUUCCGCAACAACAUCAGCCCGACAACGAAGCUCCACCGACAAUGGACUAUGAAGAAGCUGCUAAAACGCUAUUCAGCAACGGACUCGAUUUGGCGAACUUCGCCGUGUCCUCCGACAUUCUUUCCAAUUCGUGGGCUGCAAUCUCUGAACUCCAGUCCCAGAUUGGCGGCAAUCACCGAAGCCCACCAUCUUCGGACACGGUGAAAAUUCGAGAAUUCGAACACCCGGAAUACAAAAUCAUUGCUUUUGUGACCCCACCGGUUGCUCCCAGUUAUCUCCAAGAACAGAGCGGUUUGGUCCCUUCUUCUUCCUCGGAGGCCUCUGAGUUUAAGUUCCUCUGCUCCAAGAAGAACCCGUCUUUUUCCAUAAACAAAGCUGCGAUUUCUCUCUUCAACUCUCUCAAAGAUCAGCUUUCUCCCCUGAAAGCUCAGGUAGCAACUUCCAGCAAGUCUAUUCCACACAUUAUAACUGGAGAUUGUUUGGGUGGAUCCAUUGCUUCUCUUUUCACAUUAUGGCUCCUAUGCACGCUCGAUUUAGCAACGGCAAAGCGUCCACUUUGCAUCACAUUCGGUUCGCCCUUAAUUGGGAACAGCGGCUUCCAACAAGCCAUAUCGCAAUAUUCAACCUGGAAUACUUGCUUUUUGCAUGUGGCUCACAAGGAUGACAUUUUCCCCAAACUCUUUCAGUCGUCGACCAUGGAGCAGAGUAUAUACAAGCCAUUUGGAACAUUUCUCGUGUGUUCUGAAUCGGGUGGUGCAUGUUUUGAAGCCCCCGAAUCCAUAAUUGAGUUGCUUGCCCCCAAGAGCUCGGAAAGUGCCCAAAUUCUCAACUAUAAUAGCAUCAUUAAAUGUCUUGAACGACAAUUGAUUUGCAAGAACCAUUAUGCAUUUAGUGUGCAUAAUACUGAUUCAUUUAAAGCUGGGAUAACUGCACAAGUUGCAGCAAUUGGCCUUAUGCAAAUUCAGCUUCAGAACAUGGACAUGGAUGCUCUGUUGAGGAAGGUAGUGAUGUCUGAACUUGGUGUCCUAGAACGAAAGAAUCAAGUGUUUGAUCCUGCAGAGGAUUUGAACGCCAUGAAAGUGAAACUGGCUAAUUUGGAAUGGUACAAGAAGAAAUGCGAAGACGAAGGCCCGCAUUCUGGUUACUACGACAGCUUCAAGCACAAAAUGGUUCCGCGUGACCAUACAGCCGUUAAAUUCAUAAGACCGCUCACGAUUUACUGGCAACGCGUGGUGGAAGAGGCGGAGGAGAGGCCUCAGAGAGAGGGAGCACCGCUGCGGACCCGCUGGCUCUUUGGCGGGACAAAUUACCGGAGGAUGGUUGAACCGCUCCUUAUAGCUGAGUACUAUAAAUUGGGCAAAAGAGAUUACAUAUCUCAAGGGAGAUCCGAGCACUUCAAGCUAUUGGAAGAUUGGCUGGACAAACAUCAGAAACAGUCGGGGAAGAGCGUCAGUAACAAUUCAAAAAUGAAGAAGAUCAUGUUCAGCGUCACCGAGGAUUCGUGCUUCUGGGCACAUGUGGAGGAGGCGCGAAUUUCAUGCAGGUUGUUGAACAGCGGAGGAUCGAACAACGCCGAAACAGAAAACUUGGUCAGGUUUGAGGAGUAUGUCAUGGGUUUGCUCAAGAACUACGCCGUUUCUCCCGAUAUUUUCUUGGACAGCAGCAGCUACAUGCAAUGGUGGAGGGAGUAUGAGGACAUUUUGGGGAAGCAAAUGAUGGGAGCUUCUCACAACUCGGAACUCGCUCGUUUCAUGAAGGACGAAGACUAUCACCUGUAUAAAUCAGGUACCCUAGUAUUCACAUGACAGGUGAAUAAACUGGGUAAUUUGAAUGUAAUAUAUAGUGUAUCAUGAGAGCAAGAACGUGCUGGUUUUGCUCGUUGUGUUGAUUUUGCUUUGCUUGAAUUGAUUCAGGUUCUUAUUCGACCAUUGGUCAUCGCGAAUUCAAAAAUUUGAUUCGGAAGGCGAGAGGUUGUCUUCUCUGCCUUUUU